AUGAAGCAAAUGAAGUUGGAACCUGACAUUGUAGUUGAUAAACCUAAACAAGCAACCCCGCCGCCUCCGCCGCCACUUCCACGAUUCUGGGCGAGGAAGACUAGUGCAGACAGUGUAACAAACCGAGAGAUUGCUAAGUUCUGGAGGCAGAAGCAUGCCGAGGAAGAGGAUCACCUCCUAGCUGCCAUCAAAGCUGCAGCACGCAAAAGGGCCUGCAAUCUUUCGGAGGAAGACUACAAAUGUUUCAUGGAGUCACUAAGUGAUGAAGAUUAUGAAACUAAGCAGAAUAUCACAGCCCCAACAAAUCAUAGCAAUGGCAAUGAAAUUCGUGUGGGUAUAAAGGACUGGUGGACAAAGAGCAAGUAUGCAUACCUAAACCAACCAGCCAUUGAGUGUACAGACAAAUCAAGGCGACGAGCAUCCACUUAUAUACCAAACUUUCUCAAUUAUAAACCUGCUCCUUUAUAUCCUACAUCACUUGGUGUCUUUUAGACCACUGAGAUCGAGGAGCUUUUUCAACUUCCAAUUGAUUGCAUUACCUCCAUAUCAGGGCAAUAUAUUGAUAUGCAUUUACUUUAAAGUGUCAUUGAAACCUCUGUUCAUUCAUUUCAGUUUGGUUGCAAAUAAGUGUGGUUAGUAUCACUCUAAUCUGUCAUGAAAAACUUUCAUUGUAGAUCUAACAGUUUGGCUAUCCAUAUCAUAUUAUGAAUUUGAUCAUGUUUAUGUUAAUUUAUUUAUAUAUAGAAUAUGAUAUGCUAAUAAUCCAUAUUUGUGUAUAUUAUUAUCAGAUCUAAAUGUCUGUUCUAAGAA